AUGCAGGCUUCGAUCGAGUCGCAGCGUCUUAGCGACACGGAGAAAAGGAAGUACUCGCGAGAUGAGGUCGCCCAACACACUCACGACGGUGAUGUCUGGGUCAUCAUAGAGCACCAUGUGUAUAACUUGAGUCAAUUCCUACAAGAGCAUCCUGGUGGUGCUAAGAUUUUGCUCGGUGUGGCAGGCCAAGACGCGACUAAGAAAUUCAGAAAAUAUCACCGCAUGGGGAUCCUAAGCAAAUACAACGAGCGGCUUCUAGUUGGCAGGCUAGACCAGUCGCCUCCAAGGAGUGGGAGUUCGCUGAGGUCUUCGAUAUUUGCUGUCUUCAGACGGUUGGAGACUUGA